CGGGCAUUUAUAUGUAUAGUAGUCUAGUACGUGCCCUGCAGUUGGUCUGUGACCGUCGGCCUGUAACAUAUCAACAGCGGCUAAGGCUGUGGCUGUAUCCGUUAUAAGCCUGCCCAGAAGCGUCAGAACUGUUAAACGGAAGGUUCUAUUGCGAUAAACACCAUGGACACGCUAAUAUCGGUUGGCGCCAUUGUGGCAGCUAUUAUUUUGAAGCUUGUGUUUUUUCUAGUGACAUCAAGGAUUUUAUUGAAAAGAGCCCCCAAGAAGUCUGAGCCAUACCAAGUUAUUAGCAAGGGCUCGAAUGUCGAAAGGUCUGCCAAACGCAUCCUAGUUACUGGCGGAUGCGGCUUCCUCGGAAGCGCAAUCGUCCGCCAGCUCCACGAGCGCCUGGGCUCCCGAGUAUCCCUCGUGGUCCUCGACACCGCCAUCCACGCCAAGUUCUCCCCGCUGCUGCCCUCCGCCACCUACAUCCGCGGCGACGUCUGCACCUACUCCCACGUCCGCGCCGCCUCCGCCGGCUGCGCCUGCGUUGUGCACUCCGCGGGUCUGCUGCACAGCUGCCUCAGCGACGAGGCCGCCUUCGAGCGGGUCAACUUCCUGGGCAGCCGCAACGUGGUGGAGGCGUGUCUGGAGGGCGAUUUGGUGGCGCUGGUGUACACGUCAUCAGGCUCUGUGGUGUUCAACGACUCCAUCGCGCGGGCGGCGGGCGGCGGCGGCAGCCUGGCGCCCAUACCCGAGAGCACCGCAGCGCUGCCCGCAGCCCAGCUGAACGGCGCCUACGCGCGCAGCAAGGCGGCUGCGGAGCGGCGCGUGCUGGCUGCCAACAGCCAUGCGCUGCAUGUGGUGGCGCUGAGGCCGGGGGGCGUGUACGGCGUGGGGGACACGACCCUGACCGGCAACAUCCUGGCUGGCAAGCCCUACGUGGGUCCGGGCGACGUGCAGGUGCCCUUCGUGUGGGUGGAGGACGCGGCGCGCGCGCAUGUGGACGCCGUGGAGCGGCUGCUCUUCCCGCAGCCGGGCGCCCCGCGCAUCCACGGUCGCGCCUACCACCUGGCGCACGACCCGGUGUCCGACCCGCUGCUGUACCGGGAGUUUGUGGGCGGGCCGCUGGUCACCCCCGCGGAUCGCAAGUCAGCGGAGGUACGGGCGGCGGAGGCGGCAGCGGGCGUGCAGGACCCGCUGUCGGCGGGGGUGAAUGCGUACGGGUUGCGUUGCAACUCCCCCGUGCCCUUGCCGCUGAUCCGGGUGCUGGCUGCGGUGAACGAGUGGGUGGGUCGGCGGUUCGGGGUGGCGUUGCUGCACCCCAGCAUGACGCCAGAGAACAUGCGGUACGCCACCAACCACUGGCCGCUGGAUGUGGGUGAGGCGCGGAGGCUGCUGGGGUGGCAGCCCACGCCGUGGCGGGUGGUGGUGGCGAGGCUGGGGGCGCAGGCGCGGGCGGGGAAGGAGGAGGGCGGGAAGGGAAUGAAGGACAAGGCGGCGUGAGCGUGGUAGCGGGCGGCUAGGGUGUCAAAUCGUGCGGAAAGCUGGAGGAGUUGGAGUGGGGAGCGUGUCUUGGUGUUUGGUAGUGGGGGAACGUGAGCCGGCACCGGCACCGGCUCAGGUGCAGCGGGCUCUCCGCCCGCCCGCCGCCCUCGCAGCAGCACCAGCGCGCGUCUGCAGAAGCACUGCCAGGCGGCCAGCCGGUACUCGAAGCACUGCCAGGCGCCCCGCGCCUCGCAGCGUAGCCUGCCUGAGAAGAAGGCGUGGCGGCUGGGGCGGCUCACGAAGGACUGCAUCUGCGGCAGCUCCCCGGUGCUGCUGCCCUCAUCCAGCAUGAGGCCCACACAGAACUGGCCCAGGCAGUCCCGCCUGCGGGCGCCGUGCGGAGGGGGGCGAGAGACCGGGGUUGCAUGCGGUGGUGCAGGGCGUGUGUGUUCAGAAACCGGCCGCGAGUCGGUAUGUAUGUGCGCGCGUGUGUUAAAAUAACUGGUGUGUGUGGUGGUGGUGGUGGGAGCUCGGCGCAUGCGACGGGGCUGUGCAGUGCAGGGGCAGUGCGACCCUGUACCGGUAGGUGCAGAGAAAGGCGUCAGGAUGUGUGCCGGUAAUCCGACCCAUCCAACCCGCAAAAGUGCCGGACAUGGCGUGCUGUUUCCGUCCUCUGCCUCCCACCUGCUCCCCACGUGCACGCUCAGCCGCAUCCCCAGCCCCGCAUCCAGCAGCUGGGCCGCCUGCGCGCCGCUCAGACCGCGG